AUGGAUGCCCUUCAACGCUCUGCGACUCUAUCGCGAACCAUUCGAAUCCCGCGCAACCCUCUCCCUCAACCAUUGACCAGUUCCACCGCGAAACGCGCGCUCAGCUACACCCCCAGACAAUACCAAAACACCCAAACUCCACCCACGCCCCCCUCAACAGAGCGCAAAGAAACCACCCCAGCAGAUACCCCGACAAAGCGCACAACGACCCCUAUCCCGAACCGCCCAACAGCCGACAGCAUCUCCAAGACGGGGCUGGACGACAAGCCGCUGGAGCUGGAAAACGCCCCCGAGGAGAAGAUCGACUGGACGCGGUCGUUUCACGGACUCAGUGCGGAGCCCUUCUCCAAAGAAGCAGCAGAUAUCCUCCUUGCAGAGAUGGAUCCACAAGACGUCGAGAUCAAGCCCGAUGGCAUCGUCUACCUCCCCGAGAUCAAGUAUCGCCGGAUAUUGAACAAGGCCUUUGGACCGGGUGGAUGGGGUCUUGCGCCACGGGGAGAGAGUAUUGUAACCAAUAAAACCGUGACGAGGGAGUAUGCGCUUGUCUGCAACGGCCGACUCGUUUCUGUCGCCCGCGGUGAACAAGACUACUUCUCCCCUGACGGCAUUCCCACCGCAACGGAGGGAUGUCGCUCCAACGCGCUGGUGCGCUGCUGCAAGGAUCUGGGCAUUGCAAGUGAGCUGUGGGACCCACGCUGGAUCCGGAAGUUCAAGGCGCAGUACACGCGCGAGGUGUUUGUGGAGCAUGUGGUUAACAAGAAGAAGUCGAAGAUUUGGGUGCGCAAGGAAGAUCCAGUUUCAUAUCCGUGGAAGGAGACGGGGAGUAAAUAG